GUACUCAGUCUGGCGGGUAAGUCCCGAACCUGGGAAGGAAGGCGACGUCUGGGAAGUUAGGGCCGAGAGGGACUCAUGAGCGUGUGUACGCACCGAGGAGAACCGAGUGUCUUGCGCUGACUUGAGCGAAAGGCUGGAGGCGACUCUGCGAGGGAAGGUAGUUCUCUGGCACCAUGAGGAACUUCAAAGGACUCAACUUUGGGACUCUGCUAAGCAGCCAAAAAGAGACGAAAGAGUUGCUGCCUGAUUUGAAGGAGUUCCUGUCCAGGCCUUCAGCUGGUUUACCCAGCUGCCGAUCUGAUGCUGAGAAGAGACAAGCUUGUGAUGCCAUCCUGAGGGCUUGCAACCAGCAGCUGACUGCCAAGCUAGAUUGCCCUGGACACCUAGAGAGCCUGCUGGAGCUGGCAAAGCUGGCCUGUGAUGGCUACUUGCUGUCCACCCCCCAGCGCCCUCCCCUCUACCUAGAACGAAUUCUCUUCAUCCUGCUGCGGAACGUUGCUGGGCAGGGAAGCCCAGAGGCCAUGUUCCACCUUGCUCAGCCCCUCCAUGCCUGUUUGAUGCAGUGCUCUCGCCAAGCUGCCCCCCAGGACUAUGACGCUGUUGCUCGGGGCAGCUUUUCUCUGCUUUGGAAGGGCGCAGAAGCCCUGAUGGAGCGGCGAGCUGCAGUCUCAGCUCGGCUAAAGGCCUUGAGCUUCUUAGUACUUUUGGAGGAUGGAAGUACCCCUUGUGAGAUUCCUCACUUUGCUUCUCCAACAGCCUGUCGAGUGGUAGCUGCCCAUCAGCUAUUUGAUGCCGGUGGGCAUAGUCUGAGUGAAGCAGAUGCUGAUUUCCUAGAUGAUCUGCUCUCCAGACAUGUGAUCAGAGCCUUGGUGGGUGAGGGAGUGGGCUCUCCUGAACCUCUUUCUCCACAGAAGGCCCUCUGCCUCUUGGAGCUCACCUUGGAACACUGCCGUCACCUCUGUUGGAGACACCACCUCAACAAAGCCACCAGCACAGUGGAGAAGGCUCAUGUUUAUCUAAGGAACACCAGUCUAGCCCCCAGCCUUAAGCUAUGCCAGCUGGGGGUUGAGCUGCAGCAGACUGGGGAGGAAAGACCCCAGGCAGUGGCCAAACUUCUGAUCAAAGCAUCAGCUGUCCUGAACAGCAGUAUGGAGGCACCAUCACCCCCACUUCGGGCAUUGUAUGACUGCUGCCAGUUCUUCCUCUCAGGCCUGGAUCGAGGCAUCAAGAGGCGCUAUGGGCUUAAUGCUAUUCUGAGCCUCUUUGCUUUCCUUCGAGGGUACUUCUCUCUUAUCCAGCAGCUGCGGGAUGAUGGUGUCCGUGGGGAUUUCUCCAAGCAGCAGCAGUCUUUGCUCCAGGGGUACUUUCAGGGACUUCACCUCUACACUGUGGUGGUUUAUGACUUUGCCCAAGGCUGUCAGGUAACUGAUUUAACUGACCUGGCCCAACUAGUGGAGAGUUGCAAGUCUACUGUUGUCUGGAUGCUGGAGGCCUUAGAGGGCCUGUCAGGCCGAGAGCUGACUGACUACCUAGGGAUGACUGCCUCCUACACCAGUAACUUGACCUACAGCUUCUAUAGUCACAAGCUCUAUGCCGAGGCCUGUGCCAUCUCUGAGCCGCUCUGUCAACACCUGGGUUUGGCGAAGCCAGGCACUUACCCAGCGGUGCCUCCUGAGAAGUUGCACAGAUGCUUCCGGCUGCAUGUAGAGAGUUUGAAGAAACUCGGUAAACAGGUCGAGGGCUGCACUAUGGUGACUUUGUGGCUGGCAGCCCUGCGGUCCUAUAGCCCCGAGCACAUGGUUGAACCAGUUACCUUCUGGGUUCGAGUCAAGAUGGAUGCUGCCAGAGCUGGAGACAAGGAGCUGCAGCUAAAGACGCUGCGAGAUAGCCUGAGUGGCUGGGAUCCGGAGACCCUGGCCCUCCUGCUGCAGGAGGAGCUGCAGGCCUACAAGGCGGUGCGAGCCAAUACUGGGCAGGAACGCUUCAACGUCAUCUGUGACCUGCUGGAACUGAGCCCCGAGGAGACACCAGCCGGGGCAUGGGCACGAGCCACCCACCUGGUGGAGCUGGCUCAGGUGCUCUGCUACCAUGACUUUGCCCAGCAGACCAACUGCUCUGCCCUGGAUGCUAUUCAGGAAGCCCUGCAGCUUCUGGAGUCUGUGAAGCCAGAGGCCCAGGCCGAGGGUCAGCUUCUGGAUGAUAAAGCACAGGCCUUGCUGUGGUUCUACAUCUGUACCCUGGAGGCCAAAAUGCAGGAAGGUAUUGAGCGUGAUCGGAGAGCCCAGGCCCCUAGUAACCUGGAGGAAUUUGAAGUCAACGACCUGAACUAUGAAGAUAAACUUCAGGAAGAUCGUUUCCUGUACAGUAACAUUGCCUUCAACUUGGCUGCGGAUGCUGCUCAGUCAAAAUGCCUGGACCAAGCCCUGGCCCUGUGGAAGGAGGUGCUUACAAAGGAGCAGGCCCCAGCCAUGCGGUGUCUCCAGCAGACAGCAGCCUCUCUGCAGAUCCUUGCAGCCCUCUACGAGCUGGUGGCAAAGCCCCUGCAGGCUCUGGAGGUCCUGCUGCUUCUACGGAUUGUCUCCGAGAGACUGAACGACCGCGCAAAGGCAGCUGGCACCUCUUGCCACAUCACCCGGCUCCUGCACUCCCUCGGCUGUCCCAGCUAUGCCCAGUUACAUCUGGAAGAGGCAAAAUUGAGCCUAAAAUGUCUGGAUCAGACCACUGACACGCACCUGCUCCUUUCUCUGACCUGCGAUCUACUUCAAAGUCAACUCUACUGGACUCAGCAGAAGGUAACUGAGGGUAUCUCCCUGCUGCUCACUGUCCUUCGGGAUCCUGCCCUCCAGAAGUCGUCCAAGGCUUGGUACCUGUUGCGUGUCCAGGCCCUGCAGCUGGUGGCAGUCUACCUUAGCCUGUCCUCAGACAGCCUCUCAGACUGCCUGUGGGAGCAGCUCUGUGCCCAAGGCUGGCAGACACCCGAGAUAGCCCUCAUUGACUCCCAUAAACUCCUCCGAAGCAUCCUCCUCCUGCUGCUGGGCAGUGAUGUACUCUCAGUUCAGAAAGCAGCUGUGGAGACACCGUUUCUGGACUACGGUGAAAAUCUGGUACAAAAAUGGCAAGUUCUCACAGAGGUGCUGAGCUGCUCAGAGAAGCUUGUCUGCCGCCUGGGCCACCUGGGGAGUGUGAGUGAAGCCAAGGCCUUUUGUUUAGAGGCCCUGAAACUUACAACGAAGCUGCAGAUACCUCGCCAGUGUGCCCUGUUCUUGGUGCUGAAGGGUGAGCUGGAGCUGGCCCGCAAUGACAUGGACCUCUGCCAGUCUGACCUGCAGCAGGUCCUGUUCUUGCUUGAGUCUUGCACAGAGUUUGGUGGGGUAGCCCAGCACCCGGACACUGUGAAGAAAGUCCACUUGCAGAAAAGGAAGCAGAAGGCCCACGUGCCCUGUCCUCCACAGCUCCCAGAGGAGGAACCUUUUCUGAGAGGCCCUGCCCUGGAGCUGGUGGCCACAGUGGCCAAGGAGCCAGGCCCCAUCGCCCCAUCUACAAACUCCUCCCCAGUUCUAAAAACCAAGCCCCUACCCAGUCCUGGCUUCCUGUCCCAUGCUCCCUCCUGUGACUGCUCACUCUGUGCCAGCCCCAUCCUCUCGGCAGUCUGUCUGCGCUGGGUAUUGGUCACAGCAGGGGUGAGGCUGGCCAUGGGCCAUCAGGCCGAGGGUCUGGAUCUGCUGCAGGUUGUGCUGAAGGGUUGCCCUGCAGCCACCAAGCGCCUCACCCAAGCUCUCCAAGCUUCCCUGAAUUACAAAGCAGCCCCUGACCCUGUCCCGAGCCUCAUGGAUGGGAUCAUGGCUCAGGCAUACACACAGCUGGCACUGGAGGGCCUGAACCAACUAUCAAACAAGAGCCUGGGAAAGGUCCUGGAGUCAGGGCUAAAGUUCAUAGAGGAGCGGAUACCCCACCUGGAGGCCUGGAGACCCAGCCUGCUUUUGAUUCAGGCCCUCGCAAAGCUGGCCAGCCUCGGCUGCUGCACUACCCAACUUUUUACAAGCUCCUGGGGUUGGCAGCCACCAUUAAUAAAAAGCCCCGUAGACUCAGAGCCCUCAAAGACUCGGAACCAAAAACGAUCUGGACGAGGGCACCAACAGGCAGCCUCUGCCCCCCUGUCCCUCCAGACUACCUCUCAGAAAGGUCUAGAAGGUGGAGGACCACCCUGUACACCUAAGCCUCCAGGCCGGGUCAGACCGGCCGGCCCUCGUGUCCCCUUCACGGUAUUCGAGGAAGUCUUCCUCACAAAGAGCAAGCCUGAAGUUCCCCAGGCUCCGAGGGUACAGCGGAGGGUCCAGACGCGCCUCAAGGUGAACUUCAGUGAUGACAGUGACUUGGAAGACCCUGUCUCAGCUGAGGCACGGCUGGCAGAGGAGCCUAAGAGACGGGGCACUGUUUGUCGGGGCCGGGGCCGGGGCCGGUCUAGGAAGGGCCCGAGUUUGAAGCCUAGUGCAGUGGCUGCCCCAGAUAGUGCCCCUGGGCGCCCUAGGUUGAGUGUCAGGAGCCGGAAGGCCAAGAAGGUGUCAUCAGGACAUUCUGAGGAGCAGGAGAUCCUUUGUGGCCAGGCCAGGCUGGGUCCUGAGAUCAUGAGGACCAUCCCUGAGGAAGAACUGACUGACAACUGGAUGGAAAUGAGCUUUGAGAUCCUCAGGGGCUCUGAUGGGGAAGACUCAGCCUCAGGUGGGAAGGCCCCAGCUCUAGGCCCUGAUACAGUUAUAGGAGAACGUGAGGUGCUGAGACGAGAUGUCAGCAAGGAGGAGUUGUCUAUCUCGUGCCCAGACAAGGAGAGCGACAGGGACCUCGGUCUUCGGCUCUGUCUCCCCCCGGCCCCUAUAGUCAUUGGUCUCCCUACCCUGGAUUCCAUCUGUGCCUCACUGAGCACUGCUUUCCGUGGAGUCAGUCACUGCCCUCCCAGUGGGCUGUAUGCCCACCUCUGUCGCUUCCUGGCCUUGUGCCUGGGGCACCGGGAUCCCUGUGCCACUGCCUUCCUUAUCACUGAGUCGGUCUCCAUCACCUGUCGCCACCAGCUGCUCACCCACCUCCACAGACAGUUCAGCAAGGCUCAGAAGCACCAAGGAUCACUGGAAAUGGCAGACCAGCUGCAGGGGCUGAGCCUCCAGGAGAGACCUGGAGAUGUCCCCUUGGCCCGCAUCCAGCACCUCUUUUCCUUCAGGACUUCAGGAUCUGGCCAUUUCCCCCAGCCCGAGAAGGAGCGUUUCCAAGAACACCUGGCUCUGAUCCCCAGUGGGGUGACUGUGUGUAUACUGGCCUUGGCCACCCUCCGGCCCGGAAUCGUGGGCGACACCCUCCUGCUGACGCGGCUGGAAAAGGACAAUCCCCCCGUCACUGUGCAGAUCCCCACUGCCCAGAAUAAGCUUUCUUUAAGUUUGGCUCUGAAAGAGUUUGACGCCAUCCAGAAGGAACAGAAAGAGAACAGCAGCUGUACCGACAAGCGAGAAUGGUGGACAGGGCGGCUAGAACUGGAUCAUAGGAUGGAGGUCCUUGUCACUUCCCUAGAGAAGUAUGUGUUGGGCUGCUGGAGGGGACUGCUGUUGCCAUCCAAUGAGGAGCCCAGUUCUGUGCAGGAGGCCUCCCGUCUGCAAGGGCUGCUGCAGGACUGUGGCUGGAAAUACCCUGACCCUACUCUGCUGAAAAUCAUGCUCAGCGGUGCCAGCACACUCACCCCUCAGGACAUUCAGGCCCUAGCCUGUGGGCUGUGCCCCACCCAGCCAGAACGAGCCCAAGAGCUCCUGAACGAGUCAGUGGGACGUCUGCGGGGCCAGACAGUGCCAAGCAACAGGCACCUUGUCUUGGUGCUAGACAAGGACCUGCAGAAGCUGCCAUGGGAAAGCAUGCCCAGUCUCCGGGCACGGCCUGUCACCCGGCUGCCCUCUUUCCACUUCCUACUCAGCUACUCCAUCAUCAAAGAGUCUGGGGCCUCAUCGGUACUGAGCCAAGGGGUGGAUCCACGAAGUACCUUCUACGUCCUGAACCCUCACAAUAACCUGUCAAGCACAGAGGAGCAAUUUCGAGCCACUUUUAGCAGUGAAGCUGGCUGGAGAGGGGUGAUCGGGGAAGUGCCGAGCCCUGAACAGGUGCAGGCAGCCCUGACGGAGCGCGAUUUAUAUAUCUAUGCAGGUCAUGGGGCUGGCGCCCGCUUCCUCGAUGGACAAGCUGUCCUGCGGCUGGGCUGCCGGGCAGUCGCCCUGCUGUUUGGUUGCAGCAGCGCAGCCCUGGCUGUACACGGAAACCUGGAGGGGGCUGGCAUAGUGCUGAAGUACAUCAUGGCCGGCUGCCCUUUGUUCCUGGGUAAUCUCUGGGAUGUGACUGACCGUGACAUUGACCGCUACACGGAAGCUCUGCUGCAGGGCUGGCUUGGAGCAGGCCCAGGGGCCCCCCUUCUCUACUACGUCAGCCAGGCUCGCCAGGCUCCCCGACUCAAGUAUCUUAUUGGGGCUGCACCUGUAGCCUAUGGCUUUUGCUUCUGCGAUAACCCUUUGGAGCUGUCUUAUUGCUGAAUGAAGCCAUGUGACUGUUCUACCUCCAAAUUUCAACUUAACCCUGUAAUAAAUAUUUUAAGGUGAUUUU